UCAUUUCCUUCUCAUAUAUAUUUACCAAACCAAAAGAAGAUAAACCAAAAGAAUCAGACCAAUGAAAGCCUUCCUUUCUUAACCCUAUUUUCCCCUCUCUCUGUCUCUCUCUUAAUUCUGCUUUUCUUUUCAAUACCACCCUCUCCCCACAACACUUAUAUACUCUCGGAUCUGAUAGAUCCUUGGUCUUGAAACCUUGAUGUCCUAAUCUUCUUCACACCAAGCAGGAAAUUACAAAUCUAGACCAUCCUAUAUAUACCAUCUUUGCCGAGUAGAGUUACUUCGAGCUAGAAAAGGUGGAUCAUAACCGGAGACAUGGAAAGCGGCCACUUCCUUCGGAAACGUCGGAGGAGAAAGAGAGGCACGAUGACUUCCCUCCUCCUUCUAGCUACGAAUCUUCGUGGACAGAAGCAGACAUGUCAGCCAUGGUUUCUGCUCUCACUCAAGUUAUCGGAAACCCCGAAGAAGAUAACAAGCAGGUGCAAUCAAACCCUGCUUCAGUGAAAGAUGAACCGGACCGCUCACAACCGGUUCAAGAUCAAGAGAGUACUGUGAGAAGAAGGCACUAUAGAGGAGUGAGGCAAAGGCCUUGGGGCAAAUGGGCAGCCGAAAUCCGAGACCCUAAGAAAGCAGCUCGAGUUUGGCUAGGAACUUUUGAGACAGCUGAGGAUGCAGCCAUUGCAUAUGAUAAUGCAGCUCUCAAAUUUAAAGGCACAAAAGCCAAGCUCAACUUUCCUGAACGAGUUCAAGGUAACUCCAGCAUCCUUAUUCAGGGUUCAUCCGGCACGACAAGUAGCGGCAGCAGUGUCUCCACUGAACGAAAUCGGAGCCGACCAGCCUUAACCGUUCCUCAUCAUGAUGCUUCCUAUGUUGCACCGUCCCAGCCGCAGCAGGAAAGUAGUAGCUUCCCUGAUCUAUAUCAAUAUGCGCAGCUUCUUCAAAGCAAUGAUAUUGAUUUCAGCUCGAAUUAUCAGUACCCUCCAAAUAAUCCAUUCAAUCAAGAUUAUCAUCCGCAGUAUUCUACUCCGCAGUUUCCACCAUCAACAUAUUAUCCUUCGCAUCAGCAACAAGGACAGCAAGACGAUCAUGUUCAGGAAGAUCAUCAGAAUGAGAACAAGAACUGGAAUAGGCGUAAUCCGAGCGAGUAGUAGCUUGUACGUGGUAGUUGUACUGCAUAAGUGCUAUUUAAUUUUGAGACUCAGUUGGUAAGUUUGCCAGAACUUACGUAUGUAUUGUUGGAGCCAUGCAUUUAAAGAAGCUAGCAGAGACUAAUGCAGUCUAUCUCGGCCAUAUAUCUCUGUGGGUGAGUUUUCUCGUGUUGAGUCUAUUAUCAUAAGGGUACUUGGACCUUAGAAUCUCAUAUAAAACGUCCUGCAGUUGGGGAAAGGUGUUUGCCUUACCAAAUAAUAUAGGGUUUGUCCGUUUGUAAAUAGAUUUUCAUCCAAAUAUGAGG